AUGAACCGACUUUUGACAGCGUUCAUCCUUAUUAUGAGCUUGGGAUUGGAAGCCCAGGGCUUGCAUGAUCGGGGCAUGGCCUAUGGAUUUGACACUAUCGAACCAUCAGCCAACCUCACAUGGACGGCGUGUUUCAAUACCUUUGGUUGCUCGAGACUGGAAGUUCCUGUGGACUAUUCAAACAGAAGCCUUGGUACAACGUCGAUUGCCUUCAUCAAGUUGGCCGGGAAGAACGCCACCGCCGAGUCUCCGAGCAUUGUAUUCAUCCCCGGCGGUCCGGGUGGUUCUGGUGUCGACCUACUCCUCACAUACCAGGAUCUCAUCGGACAGAUGUUUGGAGAGCAGUACAACUUCGUCUCCUUCGACCCCCGCGGUGUGAACAACAGCGGCUUGCAUCUAGACUGCUUCUCAGGGGACACAAGAGCACGGUCGACUUUCUAUCAAUUGCACAGAACGGGCGCCACCAAUGUCUCAUCAACAUCGCUACAGGAACAGUACUAUUCCAGCUCGAUCUACGGCGAGUGGUGCAACAAUGCUGUGGAGAACGAGUCCCCCCAUGCAUACUAUGUGACUACGCCAGCAGUUGCCCAUGACCUGCUCACAUUUAUCGAAGCCGAGGCUGAGAUGGCCGGCCGGUCACCAUCCGAGGCCAAACUGUGGUGCUACGGCAUCAGCUACGGCACUGUCAUCGGAAGCACGUUUGCUUCCAUGUUCCCUGACCGCGUGGGAAGAAUGAUACUCGAUGGUGUUAUGAACGCAGCGCAAUAUUAUGACAACUAUUGGACGGACAAUGUUGAUCAGAUGGACGAGGCCAUGGAAGAAUUCUCGAGCUUCUGCCAAUCCGCCGGCCCUGAGAAGUGCUCAUUUUGGGGACCUACGCCGGCUAACAUCACGGCCAGAAUGGACGGCAUCAUCCGUCAGCUGCAGAGCCAUCCAGUCCCGCUAAGCGGCGUCGGUGGUCCAGAAUUGCCGACAUUGGUCACCUAUUCAGAUCUGAAGACGCUUUUCCUCAACACCCUGUACACCCCAUUGUCAAAGUUUCCAAGCAUGGCCGACAUCCUUGACCAAGCCGAGCGUGGGAAUUUCUCCGGUCUGGCAGGCAUGUAUGACCAGUCAAACUCGAUAACCGACGCCCGUCUCGCCAUUACAUGCGCCGAUGCGUAUCGAGAAAACAAGCUUACUACCAUUGAAGAUUUCAAGACUUGGGCGGAGUACACGAUUUCCAAGAGCAAGUACAUCGGUGAUAUAUACCCAAUCUACCUGGAAGGAAUCUUAUGCCGAUCAUUCCGACCGCGGUUGCCUGAUAGUAUGGUAGUUCAAGACGAGAUAAGCGCACUCGACGUACCUACGUCCUUCCCGAUCCUCUUCGCGAGCAACACCGUCGACCCAAUUACGCCGUUGAUAUCAGCGCGCAAGAUGUCUUCUCGGUUCGCCGGAUCAGUGCUGUUAAUGCAAGAAGCCGUUGGUGCUUACUCGGGGGAUGUUCCCUUUGGAUGCAGCAUACGGUCAUCGAUCAGGGCGGUUCAGACUGCUACUUUGCACAGAUUCAGGCAUACUUCCAAGGCACGGUUCCAUCCGCCAAUCGUACAUGCCCGAGACAGUACAUUCCCUUCAUAG